CUAGUUGGGGUGUGCCACUGAAUAUAAAGAGGAAGGAUGGGAGGCUGAGCGCACAGGACUGAGAGGUGAAGACAGGUGUGGCUUUAAGAUGAAUCGACUUGUGGUUAUCGUUGCGACACUCUUUGUCCCCACUACAUACGGUGCUGCAGGCGGUUUGUGGUGUUACCAUGAUCCUAGUUGUGAUGACACCACUUGGUCCACCAUUGCCAGUGAACAUUGCAAUGGAUCCCGUCAGUCUCCCAUCAACAUCGUCUCUGCAUCAGCAGUGGGCGAUGAAACCCUGACUGCCUUCACCUUCACCAAAUACGGAGAAAACUAUACAAUGAAGAAUAUCAAGAACACUGGCAAAACUGUCAAAGUGGAACUGACAAGUGGUGUCCAGGUUACAGGUGGGGCACUGUCUGAGGCCUAUGACAGCCUGCAGUUUCACCUCCACUGGGGGAAUGGUACCUCAGUACCUGGGUCAGAGCACACAGUGGAUGGAACCCGCUACCCCAUGGAGUUGCACAUAGUAAAUGCAAAGUCUUCGCACAACGGUAACACGACCACGGCCGUUGCAGACAGCACGGGACUCGCUGCUCUUGGCUUCUUCAUAGAGGCCAUGCCGGGUAAUGCAACAGGUUCACCAGCAGCCUGGAAUACCCUGACAUCCUACUUGGCCAACAUCACACUAAAAGAUGAUAUUGUAAACAUUACUCAUGCUAUUUCAUUGGAUGAGCUCCUGGAAGGGGUGGACCGUACCAAAUACUACCGUUACCUUGGCUCCCUGACCACUCCAAAUUGCAAUGAGGCUGUGGUUUGGACCGUGUUCAAGGACCCUAUCAAAGUCAGCCAGGACUUGAUUGAUUUCUUCAGUACAACAUUGCACAUUGACCACAACUCCACCUCUGCCUUGAUGACCAACGUCUUCAGGAACAUCCAGCCUGUCAACGACUGGGUGGUGACGACCCAGGGCCGCCCAGCUUCGGGAGCCUCCACAAUGUGCUCCUCUCUGGGCCUAAUGGCCCUGGCCUGGAUGCUGCUGAGGGUUUAGUGGUGGCGAAAUAAUCCUUACCUGAAGUGCAUUGCCAUAUCUCCAUGAACCCUCAAUCUACCAACAUAUUUUCCUUAUAUCGAUUACCAACAAGGGUCAUCUUGACCCCAAGGAGAAACUAUUGGAAUAAGCAACAAUCAUAGCGAAAUGUGUUCAACUUAUUUAUUUUCGAAACAUAAUUAUUUAGAAAUGUAAUGAAUGUUAUCUGAUAUAAAAUAACCUAAACAAUCUGUUUUUUUUUUCAAAGAGAAAACAAUGUUUUUGCUGUAUAUAAUGUGCAGCUUGAGUACAAUCAACCUUAGUACAAACAUCAUAUUUAUCAUCAUUUGAUUAAAGUAUCAUUUAGUUUUCAGAAUUUUGCAAUAAAUAUUAAUGUUGUCAUAUGAA